AUGUCUCAAUUACCCGACCCCACUGUCGACCUCGACUGGUCGGGCUACGUCGGCUCGAUCCAGGAGCACUUUGGCGCGCAGGCCAGGGCGCACCCCGAUCGCACCUGCGUCGUCGAGACCAAGUCGUCCACCACCCCCGAGCGACGCUUCACCUACCGCCAGAUCUUCGAAGCCUCCAACACGCUGGCAUGGCAUCUGCACAAGGCCGGCGUCACUAAUGGCGAUGUGGUCAUGAUCUGGGCGCAUCGCUCCGUAGAUCUGGUUGUGGCCCUGAUGGGCAUUCUGGCCUCGGGCGCCACCAUGACGGUCCUCGACCCCGCUUAUCCCCCCGCCAGGCAAAAGAUCUACCUCGAGGUCUCGCAGCCCCGCGCUCUGCUUAAGAUCGGCCGGGCUACCGACGAGAACGGCCCUCUGGCCCCGUUGGUGCAAAAGUACAUCGACGACGAGCUGCAGCUCAAGACAGAGGUCCCCGAACUCCGCCUGCGAGAUGACGGAUUCCUCUACGGCGGCGACGUCGACGGCCAGGACGUAUUUGCCUCCGUGAGGCAGUCUGCCGCAUCGCCGCCCGAUGUGGUUGUCGGCCCCGACUCAAAUCCCACCUUGUCAUUCACCUCGGGGAGCGAGGGGCGGCCCAAGGGCGUGCUAGGCCGCCACUUCAGCUUGGUCAAGUACUUCGGCUGGAUGGCCGAACGCUUCCACCUGUCGUCGGAGAGCAGAUACACGCUCCUCUCGGGAAUUGCCCACGACCCGGUCCAGCGAGACAUUUUCACCCCGCUUUUCCUCGGCGCACAGCUGCUUGUGCCAUCGCGCGAGGACAUUCAACACGAGAAGCUUGCCGAGUGGAUGCGCGAACACAACCCAACCGUCACCCAUCUCACUCCUGCCAUGGGCCAAAUUCUGGUCGGCGGCGCCACAGCCGAAUUCCCCAGCCUGGAGCAUGUCUUUUUCGUCGGCGAUGUUCUCACCACGAGAGACUGCCGCGCCCUCAGACGCCUUGCUGCGAACGCCAACAUCAUCAACAUGUACGGCACGACCGAGACGCAACGAGCAGUCAGCUAUUUCGAGAUCCCGAGCCGCACGAGGGAGCCCGAUUUCCUCGACCAACUUAAGGACACGGUCCCGGCCGGCAAGGGAAUGCAGAACGUCCAGCUCUUGGUGGUCAACCGGGAAAACCGGACCGAGCAGUGCAAGGUGGGCGAAGUGGGCGAGAUUUUCGUCCGCGCCGCUGGUCUUGCCGAGGGCUACCUCGGCGACGAAGCUUUGAACGAGCAAAAGUUCUUGGUGAACUGGUUCGUCGACAAUGAAAAGUGGGUCGCAGAGGACAAGGAAGCUAGCAAGGGCGAGCCGUGGCGGCAGUAUUACAAAGGGCCAAGAGACCGCAUGUACCGCACCGGAGAUCUUGGCCGAUAUCUCGAGUCGGGCGACGUCGAAUGUGUUGGCCGUGCCGACGAUCAAGUCAAGAUCCGCGGCUUCCGCAUCGAGCUCAACGAGAUUGACAGCAACCUGAGCCAGAACCCCCUGAUCAGAGACUGCAAGACCCUGGUCCGGAGAGACCGGAAUGAAGAGCCAACCUUGGUCAGCUAUAUCGUGCCCGAAGAGAGGGAGUGGCGCCGCUGGCUCUCGGACCGGGGGCUGGCCGAUGUCGAGGACGGGGGCGUGGAAAUGGGGUCCGUCACCGUCUUCCUAAAGAAGUUCCGGAGGCUGCAGACCGAGGUUCGAGACCACUUGAAGACGCGAUUGCCGUCAUACGCCGUUCCGACCAUCUACAUCGUCCUCAACAAGCUGCCAUUGAACCCCAACGGCAAGGUUGACAAGCCUAACCUGCCAUUCCCCGACGUCGCUGAGCGCGUCGAGGACGCCUCGGAGGAGGACGUCAAGAACUGGGAGUCGCUCACCGUGACUGAGCGAGCAGUGGCCCAGCAAUGGGCCGAUGUCAUUCGUGGCCUGAACCCAAAAACUAUCAAACGCGAGAACAGCUUUUUCGACCUCGGCGGCCACAGCCUGUUGGCCCAGCAGUUUCUACUCAGCGUUCGCAAGAGCCUGGGGACCGACGUUUCGAUUAACGCACUCUACGAGCAUUCCAGCCUGGCAGGCUUUGCCGCGCAUGUCGACAACCUCCUCCAGCACGGCACAGGCAGUGUUGGCCCCGAAGCUGGCGAGGCUGCUUACUCCAAAUCUCUCCACGAGCUGGUUAACCAACUCCCCGCUAAAUACCAGUCCGCGGACCCGUCGGCCCUCGACGCUGAGCAGCUUACUAUUUUCCUAACUGGCGCCACCGGAUUCCUCGGCUCUUAUCUUAUCAGGGAUAUUCUCGAGCGGACGGCUCGGAGCGUCAAAUUGAUCGCUCAUGUCCGAGGCGUUAAAGACUCAACUGCAGCCCUCGAUCGGCUCCGCCGCUCCCUCCAGUGGUAUGGUCUCUGGAGAGAGGAAUGGUCAUCCCGGAUAAGCGCCGUUGUUGGUGACCUGUCGCAGCCCCGGCUGGGCGUCGACCCCGCGACAUGGCAGACUUUGGCGCAAGAAGUUGAUGUUGUGAUCCACAACGGUGCCACAGUUCACUGGGUCAAGAGAUACCAAGACAUGAUGGCGUCCAAUGUCCUUUCAACCGUCGACGCCAUGAAGUUGUGUAACGAAGGGAAGCCGAAGGCGUUCUGCUUUGUGAGCUCAACCAGCGUUCUCGACACGGACUACUACAUCAAGCUGUCGGAGGAACAGACGAGCACCGGGCAGGGCGCCGUCAUGGAGGAUGACGACAUGAACGGGAGCUGCAGCGGACUUGGCACGGGAUACGGGCAAACCAAGUGGGUGUCAGAGCAGCUAGUGCGGGAGGCCGGCAGGCGGGGUCUCUUGGGAUCGGUCAUCCGGCCUGGCUAUGUCCUGGGAGAUUCUGAGACGGGCGUCUGCAACGUCGACGAUUUCCUGAUCCGCAUGCUGAAGGGCUGCAUCCAGCUGUCGGCGCGUCCCCGCAUCGUCAACACGGUCAACGCCGUGCCCGUGAAUCACGUGGCCAGAGUCGUGGUUGCUGCUGCCCUGAAUCCCCUCGCCGGCGGUGUCCACGUGGUCCACGUUACCGGCCACCCGCGCCUCCGCAUGUACGAGUACCUGGCCAUACUUGAGUACUACGGGUUCAAGACGCCCGAGGUCAGCUACCAGGCGUGGAAGAAGGAGCUCGAGAAGUUUGUGUCGGCUGGCGCGCUCGAAAAAGACCAGGAGCAGCACGCCUUGAUGCCGCUAUACCAUUUCUGCAUGAGCGACCUGCCGGCAACGACGAGGGCGCCAGAGAUGGACGAUCGGAACGCAGUCGCCAUUCUGAAGGCUGAUGCCGACAGGUGGACUGGGGUUGACGACAGCACCGGGUACGGAAUCGGCCGGGAAGACGUUGGCAGGUUUCUACGAUACCUCGCCGAGAUCAAGUACAUUGGCGCCCCGACGGAGAGGGGUAGGCAGCUGCCCGAGAUCAAGGCCGAGGUGCUGCAGGGGCUCGCAACGGGAGGCACGGGCGGCCGUGGAGGUGCCCAGUAG